CCGUCUAUACCCAGUGUCCCUUCCUCCCCAAAUCCCCUCCCCACUUCCUUCCACCCUAGCAACGGUCGUCCCCCGCUGUUUCCGCCCACUUCGACUCAGCUGCGCAUGUGCGUCUUGUUUCUGCCGUCUGGGCUCCGCCUUCCCGUCACCCGUAACAACCACCCGUCCCUUCUUUUCUCUUCUCCCUGGUUCCUCCUCCCCCUCCCCAGCCCACUCCCCGGAACCUGCGGUUGGAGGAACUCCCUCGGCCACAGCGGUUGCGUUAGCAUUAGCCUUAGAAGUCACAGUAGUAGAACAACAGCAAGAGCAGCAGCGAUUCCAACACUGCCGGAGCCGCCGGGAUGAGCGCCUCCCGCCGCCCUAUGCUCCGAACUCGGCCUUUCUGACAGGAGGUUUGAAGAUUGCUAAAACAUUACAAUCAUGGUGCAAAAAUACCAAUCCCCAGUGAGGGUGUAUAAACACCCCUUUGAGUUAAUAAUGGCUGCCUAUGAAAGGAGAUUUCCUACAUGUCCUCUGAUUCCAAUGUUUGUACACAGUGACACUGUGAAUGAAUUUAAGAGUGAUGAUGGGGCUAUUCAUGUUAUUGAACGACGCUGUAAACUGGAUAUAGAUGCACCCAGACUAUUGAAAAAGAUUGCAGGAGUUGAUUAUGUUUACUUUGUUCAGAAAAAUUCAUUAAAUUGCCGGGAACGGACCUUACACAUAGAGGCUCAUAAUGAAACAUUUUCCAACCGGGUCAUCAUUAAUGAGUACUGCUGUUACACAGUUCACCCUGACAAUGAAGACUGGACCUGUUUUGAACAGUCUGCAAGUCUGGAUAUUAAAUCUUUCUUUGGUUUUGAAAGCACUGUGGAAAAGAUUGCAAUGAAGCAAUAUACCAGCAACAUUAAAAAAGGAAAAGAAAUCAUUGAAUAUUAUCUACAUCAGUUAGCAGAAGAGGGUAUCACAUUUGUGCCCCGCUGGACUCCUCCAGUCUCAUGCUCCUUAAAGAAAGCUUCAUCUUCCAGUAAACAUCCAGUGUCAGCUGCUCUUAGUAUACCAGAUUCACCACCAAAGGAAGGAUUGAAUAACGAAAUUCUUACUUCUAACAGUUCCUCGGAGCUUGUGGUUGGGACACCUGACGACAAAUUGGAUGCUGACUACAUCAAAAGGUAUCUGGGUGAUUUGACUCCACUACAAGAAAGCUGUCUUAUCAGGCUUCGACAGUGGCUCCAAGAAACCCAUAAGGGCAAAAUCCCUAAAGAUGAGCACAUACUACGUUUCCUUCGUGCUCGUGACUUCAAUAUUGACAAAGCUAGAGAAAUCAUGUGUCAGUCAUUAACCUGGCGAAAGCAGCACCAAGUGGACUACAUUCUUGAUACAUGGAACCCUCCCCAAGUACUUCAAGAUUACUAUGCAGGAGGCUGGCAUCACCAUGAUAAAGAUGGGCGUCCACUCUAUGUGCUUAGGCUGGGACAGAUGGAUACCAAAGGUUUAGUUAGAGCACUAGGAGAAGAGGCUUUGCUGAGAUAUGUUCUCUCAAUAAAUGAAGAAGGAUUAAGAAGAUGUGAAGAAAAUACAAAAGUGUUUGGCCGACCUAUCAGUUCAUGGACUUGCCUGGUAGAUUUGGAAGGACUGAAUAUGAGGCAUUUAUGGAGACCUGGAGUAAAAGCACUGCUCAGGAUAAUUGAAGUUGUUGAAGCCAAUUACCCUGAAACAUUGGGUCGCCUUCUUAUACUCCGAGCUCCAAGGGUAUUCCCUGUCCUGUGGACACUGGUUAGCCCAUUCAUUGAUGACAAUACAAGAAAGAAGUUCCUUAUUUAUGCAGGCAAUGAUUACCAGGGUCCAGGGGGCUUGCUGGAUUAUAUCGAUAAGGAAAUUAUUCCGGAUUUCCUGAGUGGAGAGUGCAUGUGUGAAGUGCCAGAGGGUGGGCUAGUUCCCAAAUCUCUGUACAGGACUGCAGAGGAGCUAGAAAAUGAAGACCUAAAACUCUGGACUGAAACCAUUUACCAAUCUGCAAGUGUUUUCAAAGGAGCGCCACAUGAGAUUCUUAUUCAAAUUGUGGAUGCCUCUUCUGUGAUCACUUGGGAUUUUGAUGUGUGCAAAGGUGACAUUGUUUUUAACAUCUAUCACUCCAAGAGAUCACCACAACCUCCUAAAAAGGAUUCUGUGGGAGCUCACAGCAUUACUUCUGCAGUAGGAAAUAAUGUGCAAUUAAUAGACAAAGUGUGGCAGCUGGGACGAGACUAUAGCAUGGUGGAGUCCCCACUCAUUUGCAAAGAAGGAGAAAGUGUUCAGGGCUCACAUGUGACCAGAUGGCCAGGUUUCUAUAUCUUACAGUGGAAAUUUCACAGCAUGCCAGCUUGUGCCACAACCAGCUUGCCAAGAGUGGAUGAUGUACUGGCAUCUCUGCAAGUUUCUUCUCAUAAAUGUAAAGUGAUGUAUUAUACAGAAGUGAUUGGUUCUGAGGAUUUCAGAGGUUCUAUGACCAGCCUGGAAUCAAGUCACAGUGGUUUCUCCCAGCUAAGUGCUGCUACAACCUCUUCCAACCAGUCUCAUUCCAGUUCCCUGAUUUCCAGGUAGUGCAGCAGCACAAAUGAAAAAUGCACAGAUGAAAUGAGAUGGCAGGACCUCCUCAGUGACAGCCAGCUGCACUACAGCAAACUCUGCAGUGACAUUUGUGCAAAUUCCUCUCAGAUCCUCUUAGAUAGAAAAAUAGCGGUUCAGAUUUUAAGCGUAGUGGUUUUGAGCCUGAAACUAUCUCGAAUAGUAGUUUUAAUUCUAAGCCUAGCUUUAAACUCAGUAGCCAUAAAUUUUAUAUACAGUGUGCCCAAAAUCAAACUAAAGCACAAGGGCUCUUCUUGAAAAGAAUAGUUUGUAUACACUGAUUAAGAAGUAGACCAUUUAAAGUGUUGAUGCAAAAAAAAAAUUUUUUUUCCAACAAACUACCAUGGUGCAUUAGUGAAUGAAUUCCUAUGAGAUCCUUCAUAAAUUAAACAGUUCCUUCUUCCUAUAUAGAACAGAAACCUUCCAACUUGUCUCCCAUAAAUUCCAUCUUUGUCUUCUCAUGUUCUUCCUGCUAUUCUUUUGAAAUACUCUGCAUAUAAAAUGGCAACUCACUGGGCACUUCUCCCUCCAUGAAACCUCUUAUUAAAUCUGGAAUAAUUAACAAAACAACUCCAUUAGAAACUUCUAGCCCUGCUCUACAUGACUUGAAGUCAAUGAAAGGGAAUUUAAUUUUAAAAAAGCUCUAGUAUUUGUAAAACUACAUUUUCCAUACCCUUCUCUACAUAUUUGUUUGAUACUUUCCUAGUUCUUCAAGUUAGGGAUCAGAUUUACAUUUAUUUUCAGUUUGAGCUUUUCCCCUCUUGAGAAUUAUUCUUCAUACCUGAGAUACAUCUAAGUCAGUAAAUGCCCAAACUAUCUCCUGAACUUUUUGUAGCUUCUCUCCGUGUAUCCCUGAUACCACAAUACAUUCUUGAAACUUAAUGUACUAAACCAUGAUUGUUGGAACCUAAAUAUUUAUUAACUUAAAGGAGAUUUCAUUUGGAAAAUAGCAUGUCACCAGCAGCCAUUCCUUCUUCUAGUACUUUGUGACUUUCUCAACUAACAGCCUACUUUUGUGUUGCUACCAUAAGCAUUUACUUUUCAGCAGAGUGGCUUUUGUAGAAGCCCUACUUUGUACACAAGAACUGAAUCUUCCUUUUCUUUAUAACAGAAGCUUAGUUCACAUUAUAUCAGGAUCCUCUGUAGAAGAAAUAAAAACAUGCAAUUAACUUGCCUUUUAAAUUUUUCUCUUAAAUUUCCAGGGACAAAAAAAACCUGCCUUAUCUUUAAUCCUGUUUUGGGGAAAAGCAGGUAACUUAAAAAUGUGUCCUAAAGAGAAACUGGAGAAGCCUCAUUAAUGAAAUUUGAAAGCAUGCUUUUUGUGUUGUUUAUAGAAAUUGUGCCAAAACCAAAAAGGCCAUUAUGUGUGAAUUGUUUAAAAAAAAAAAGAAAUUUCUUAAGGCAUCAAUUGGGCUAUCCUUGUGGCCACAGAGCUUUGCCAUGUGUGUGUGUGUGUGUGUGUGUGUGGGUGUGGGUGGGUGUGUGGGUGUGGGUGUGUGUGGGUGGGUGGGUGGGUGUGGGUGUGGGUGGGUGUGGGUGUGUGGUGUUGUGUUUGAGCCAAGAGUUGAGGGAGGCAGGAACCAGGUGGUUGAAAAAUUCCAGCCUCCUGACACCAGUUAAUUAAGUUCUUCCCAACCUAGCUUAUUUCCGAAAAGAGUUCUUUGACUUUUAUUUCAAUUGCCUGCCUUUCUAGACAUUAUCUAUGUUGUUUUUCAUAGGAUGAGCUUAACAAUGGUACCACAAUCUUGUUUUCAGAAAACACGAUAAGGGUUGUUCAAAUCAGUGGCAUUUGUGCUGCUUCCAGAUAGUGCUUCCUAUUUUCCAAGUUAUAAGGACUUGAAGGUGGUCCUCUCUUCUCUUCUUUCUCUCCUUAUGUUUGUCUCAGAUGGCGAUUUUGCUGACAGCUGCAAUGAAAGUGCUUCACUCAACAAUCUGCAUCUGCCCAGAGAUGUUUGUAGAGCUUUUUGAAUUGUAGCCAUUUUAAGUUGGCUCAAAGUGACAUGUCUAUUUUCUAUGAGAAUUUAAUAUGUCUUUAAGAGCUCAGAGCCCAUUACUACACAAAUGCUUACAGAGUUUAUUCAUGAGGAAAGUAAGAUCUCAUUCUCCCUUUAAGAGGAUCGAUGUGACAAACAUAACCAGAUUUAGUUUGCAAUAUGUCUAUAUAUAUAAUUUUGCUAUUUUGCCUCUUUUUUUCCACUCAAAGUGUGAUACUAUUAUUGCUCUCAUCUUUUGGCACCGAUGAUUCUUUUGGCUUCUCCCCUAUAUUACUAGUAUCUUAAGCCUACCCUUCUUUCUGAAUUCAUUAUUCACAUAUCAAAUUCUGUAAAUGAUUAUAAACAUAUUACCUCACUCUUGGUAAUAAGAUACUGAUAGUCUUUAAAAGAUUUUUUUAUUGUUAUCAAUAAUAAAUGUGAACUGUUUAAAGAAAAAAA